GCACCUCAUCACAUCUAUACAAAAUACACCCUUUGACCUUUCAGCAAACCCCCACACUAAGGAAAUAAAUACUUGAACGUGAAGGCAACGCACUGUCGGAAAAAUUUCUAGCCAUCCACAAUUCCUCAACAACCAUACCCCUCCCCCUUUGGCUUUUUUGAUGACCUCUUGAACUUUCACUUUCAUCAACACAAUCAACUUACACAUUACAUUCCCUCAGCAGACCCCCGACGGACUCACAACAUGAGCCCCCUUACGAAAAACAAGCCCCCGAGGCCAGAGGAGGAAAAGAAGAAGGAGGAUGAAGAAGAAGAGGAAGAAGACUACAUGACUAUGACCUUCUCCGACGACCCCCCCGGCUCCACCGCGGGCGAGACGUCCCUGCAGCGCCGCCAGCGCCUCCGCCGCGAGGCCGAGGCCCGAGCCCGCCCCAAGUCCAAGGCCGAGCUCGCCGCCGAGGCGGAAGCCCGCCGCGAGGCCGCCCUCUCCCGGUCGCUGCUGACCGCCAACCCCAAGAGCAAGGGGCUGGCCAUGAUGGCCAAGAUGGGGUUCAAGGGCGGUGCGCUCGGCAAGCAACAGCCGCCGGUGGCGCAAAGCUCGGAAGGAGGAGGCAAUGGUGCUAGUGGCGAUGGCGAUCCGGAAGGGAAACGGGUCGGCGGCGCAGAAGGAAGAGAUGGGGAAGGAGCAGCAGCAGCAGCAGGAGCAGGAGCAGGAGGAAGGGGUGGGGAUGGCCCCCGCAUAGAGCCCAUUCGGAUCGAGAUCAAGGAAGGCCGCGAGGGCAUUGGGCUGGAGAGCGAACGGAAGCGGAAGCUCAGAGAGGCCGCCGAGGCCGCCGGGGAGAGGGCGAAGCGGGCCAAGGAGGACGAGGCCGGGUACCGGGAGCGGAUGAGGAGGGAGCGAGAAGAGGCCCGGUGGGAGCGCCAGUUCGUCGCCGCCCAACGAGUUGCCGAGAGGAUGGUCGGGGAGAGGGAAGACAGAGAAGCAGGGGCGGGGACCACAGGGCCGGCACCGGCCCCGGCCCCGGCCCCGGCGUCGCGCCCGCUGAAGGCGAUCCCCGUUGUCUGGCGGGGCCUGGUAAAGGCGAGGGAGGAGGCCGAGAGGGACCGCAGGAUGAGGCGCGAUCUCGAGCAGGGCCUGGCCAGGCUGCCGACGUACGACGAUGCAGACGAGGACGAGGACGAUCGGAAGGCGCUGGGCAAGACGGCGACGGAGGUCGUCAUUGCGGAGGAUCUGGAUGAGGAGGACGCGGAGCUGGACGAGUUCAAUGCCCUGCCACCGGACGAGCGGCUGCGGAGGGUGGUCGAGUACCUGCGCAGGGAGUUUCACUACUGCUUCUGGUGCAAAUUCGGAUACCCUGAUGAGCAGAUGGAGGGCUGUCCCGGACUGACGGAGGAGGACCACGACUAGAGCGGCAACAAGCGGUUGUCUUACAGUACCCUACCCUCACCGUCGGCCACGCCCUAUCUGUACCUGCCAUGCCGCUACCUGCU